AUGAAAACAAAACAUCGAUCGACUCCCUCAUGGAAAACCCCCUCAUCCUCAUCCAGGCACGGAGAAGUAGUUGUCACAAGGACUCGGAUUGGACACUCAUCCCGUCUAACACACCUGCACCUCAUAACUAAAGAAGACUUCCCGACCUGUGAACUCUGCUGCGACAAAGAACUGACGAUCAAACACAUCCCACUAAAAAAUGCCCAGAGUUCAACGGCUCCAGACGAAUUCUCGGAAACCCAUCAACAAUAG